AUUCCGUUUGGUUCAUUUUCUUUUCUGCGAUUCGAUUUCGUAAGGUCCGAUUGGAUCAUCGUCGUCCGAGCGUCCGGAGGUCCUGAUUUGUAGGGUUUUUUUUCGCCGGAGAUUGUUGGAGAAGAGAGAAACUGAUCGAAGAUUUCAGAUUAUGGAUUGGGGAAACGUGACGGUCGAGGAUCUCGUCGACGCGCUCCGGGAGGUUGACUGGUCUUCGCCGCCGCGUCCGCUAUCCGAGUUCUUCUCUAGAUUCACCGUUCCCAAAUCCUUUGCGAAAUGGGAUAGUCGCCUCAAAUGCAACCUCUACUACUACCGCACAAACUACUUCAUCAUGAUCGUUGCCAUACUCGGAUUGGGAUUCCUUACAAGGCCCUUAGCGAUUGUUGCUGCUCUUUUGACGGUCCUAAGCGUGGCUUUUCUGAAUGACAGCUUUGCAGGUGCUUUUAGUGAGAAGGUGACACGGACUGUCAGAAAAUUCUCUCCACAUUUAGCUGCAAGGAUGAGGCCUCCUUUGACUCCUGUCAUUCGUGGGAGAAGAUCAGCAAAAAGAUCAAUUCAUAUAUGUGGUCAGCCCCGUUGGGUAUUUGUCAUGGCAUUCUCACUGGUGAGUUUUGUCCUUUGGUAUAUCUCAUGUGGGCUGUUCAUGGUGUCUUUGGCACUUCUCAUUGGACUUCUGGCAACGAUCCUCCACGCAAGCCUUAGAACACCAAACUUGAAGGCACGGCUGAACACAUUCAGGGAGGAAUUCCGAGCAGUGUGGCGCAACUACACUGACAUUUAGACAGAACCCAAGUGCUUGGACAGCAUCUGUAUUUCAUUUGAGGUAAUACCCAACAAGUCUCUUCAUCUUCCAGAUCAAUUGUAUCCUCAUCCAUGUAGUAAGCCCUUUAAGACUGUAAUAACAGCAGUGUGUCUUUGGUUGGGUUCUGUAUGUAACUUCCUCCUCCUUUUUCCUUUUAUCAGAUUGUAGAGCCAGUUAGUAUUUUUUUUUAUAAAAAAAAAAUCUGGUCGACAUGAUAACCUUGGACAGUGUUUUGGUAUAGAAUUCCACGAGAGUCCAAUUC